UUGUUUUGUAGGUGUUGGAGCUGGGGCUUAAGCCUUGAGCUUGCUUUGUGUUGUAUUGUUUAAACUGUUUGAUUGUUUGCUGUAUAGUUUGUCUGAUUGAUUACUGAUUGAGUUUGAUUGUUUCCAGGUACUUUAGUUGCUCAGUUCCUUGUGAACUAUUGCUUUGCUUUGCUUAAGCAACUUGCAUUUGAGGGACACUUUUGAUCGAGAUUCUGGUUGAGAGAUUUUCUGCUCCAGUAUGAGGACCGGUUUGAAGAACAACAUUGCUUACAGUUUCUUUGAUCCAGAGAUUGGUGUGCUCAAGGAUAUGAUAGCAUUGAUUACUCCUGACCAUGUGGGAAUGUUUAGAGAGUCAUACGGCGGUAUUCUGAAGAUGGUUUUCAGACUCACUGCCUGCGACAGGAGCGCCAUCCACACUCUUCUUCAGUUCUACGACCCUGGGUUGAGGUGUUUCGUUUUUCCAGACUAUCUGUUGGGACCUCUGAUGGAGGAUUAUGUCAGCAUCCUGGGUAUUCAGAUCCGUGAUCAGAUUCCUUUCCAUGUCACUAGGGCGGAGCCGGAUGUCCUUGGGAUUUCACGUGCUCUUUAUUUGAGUCCGGAAAUGGUCAAGGAAGGUUGGAAGGAGAAGGGAAAGUUACCUGGAUUUCAUUUGAGUUUCUUGGAGGCUAAUGCCAAGGAACAUGCUGCUGUGGGUAACUGGAAGACGGUUUGUGCUCUGAUUGCUGUGAGCAUUUAUGGGAUUGUUCUGUUUCCUAACCAGAAGAAUUUCGUGGACCGUAAUGCUAUCAGGUUGUUUAUGCAGAGAAACCCUAUUCCUACCCUGAUUGGAGAUGUAUACUACUCAGUGCAUAACAGGAAUGAGAAGAGGCGUGGUGGUCUGGUCAGAUGCUGCUCUCAGCUACUCUUUAGGUGGUUCAUGGGAUAUUUGCCUUCCCGAGGUGCCUUUGUUCAGAUUGAUCCUAGUGUGAAGUGGUCCUUUCGAUUGAUGGGUCUGCGGGCUGAUGACAUUGCUUGGACUCAUAAUGGUUUAGCUGGUCGGGACUUCAUAUGUAGUUGUGGGAGUUUACCUAAUGUGCCUUUGGUGGGAGUUCAGGGUUGCAUUAAUUACAACCCGAUGCUUCUCCGGAGACAGAUGGGGUUUGCUAUAGAGGGUCCUCCUCUCGGGCGAGAGAUUCAGGAGUCCUUCUAUUUCCCGAUUGAUGGUAACCAGACCAAGUUGAGGCAGGUAUUGGACGAAUGGCGAGAUAUCCAGAGGAGGGGUAAGGUUCCUUAUGGCAAAGUCAACUGCCGGUAUUUUCCACUAUUUGAGGAUUGGUUGCGGAAGAGGAUUGAGUCUACAUUUCUACCGUUCCCUGGAGGUGACUCAGUGUGUCCUAGGAUUGAGGGUCCAAGUUCUUCUGUCAGCAUGGAGGAGUUCCUUGAGAUGAAGAGGGCCAGAGAUCAGUUACUUGCAGAGAAAGCGGAGUUGGAGAGAAGUGUUGCUCAUUUUCAGGCAGCUAAUCAGGAAAUCAAAGUGAAGAUGGAAGAUCAAGACAAGCGACAUGCUCUGGAGGCCAAACGCUUCGAGAUGGAUACAGCCUACUAUGGGAAGAUCAGCCAAGCCUUGGCAUCGUCCAACAGGGAGCACGAUAUCACAAAGGAGAAGCUGUUCAGAGCAUCGAAGGUGAUUGAAGAUGAAAAGAGGAGGCAGAUUAUUGUCCGGGAUCAGAGAGAUGACAGAGUCCGAGUCCUCAUUGCUGAGUGA